GCAACUCUUUUGUUUUAAUAUGUGCUGGAAAUAUUGAUAAAACAGUUGAAAUUUGGUCAAGGAGCCUGUCAGAUGAGCAUGAUGGAAAAUCUUAUGUUGACCUUCUUCAGACUUUGGAUUCGGGGAGGAUGAUUGGCAGUGCUAGGAUUUGCUCAGGACUCUACCUACUUGAAGCAGAUCAAAUUCCUCCAAGACAAACUCACAAUGCAAUUCGUGUUGAGUCGUCGAGUCAGUCAAAUAAGGAUAGUGCAAUUAUGUUAUGACACUAUCGACUAGGUCAUCCCAAUUUCUUGUAUCUUCAGAAAAUGUUUCCUUCAUUGUUUGCAAAUAAAAAUCCAAAGUUGUUUCAAUGUGAAGUUUGUCAAUUUUCUAAACAUGUUCGUCAUUCUUACUCUAUGCUACCUUAUAAAGCUUCUCAUCCAUUUUCAUUGAUUCAUAGUGAUGUGUGGGGUCCAUCUAGAAUUAAAAAUAUAACUGGAUCCAGAUGGUUUGUGUUAUUUGUGGAUGAUCACUCUAGGAUAACAUGGUUGUUUUUUAUGAAAGAAAAAUCUGAACUUGGUCACAUAUUUAGAAAAUUCAAUACCAUGAUCCAAACUCAGUUCCAAACUAAAAUCCAAGUUCUAAAAACUGAUAAUGCAAAAGAAUAUUUUGAAUCAUCUCUUAGAGAAUAUUUGGACAAUCAUGGGAUAAUUCACCAAAGUUCUUGUGUUAACACCCCACAACAAAAUGGGAUAGCAGAACGAAAAAAUAGACACAUCCUAGAAGUUGCAAGGUCUCUAAUGUUCACCACACAUGUGCCUAAAUUUUUAUAGGGUGAGGCUGUCUCAACAGCCACUUACUUGAUAAACAGAAUGCCCUCCCGUGUCCUUAAAUUUCAAACACCUUUCCAAGUCAUUUCCAACUGUUUUCCUCAAACUCGAGUCUUAUCCACACUUCCCAUAAAAGUCUUUGGUUGCUCUGUGUUUGUCCACCAUCAAGCUAGUAAACUUGACCCAAGGGCUCUCAAAUGUAUAUUUGUAGGUUACUCUCUAAACCAAAAAGGAUACAAAUGUUAUUCUCCAAGUUCCAGAAAAUUUACAACUCUAUGGAUGUUACAUUCUUUGAGAAUCAGCCCUUUUAUACCAAAACUGAUAUUAAGGGGGAGAAUUUUACUCAAGAAUAUCAACUUUGGGAUAUUGAUACCUUGGAGUCAACCUAUGGUGAAAGUUCUCUAAAUUUGUCACCACCAAUAGAUCAAACUGAUCAAACUAUGGUCAUCUCCUGUGAUAACAAUGUUGUUGACAUAAACAACAAGAUAAAUGCAUUGGUUAGUAGAUGAAUGUGUAUAAAACACUGAAUGGUCGGCUUCGCUAUGGACCAUGCCAAAUUUAUGAAGAACUGAACUUAAUCUACCUAGCCAUGCUCUAGGACUCUGCUUCAGACCAUAUAAAGCUUUUCGCAACCUACAAACAAAGCCACGAGACUCCCUGUUUACGUGGAAAUUUGGUAAACAACCUAUAUUUAAUUGAUAAGUACCAAAUUUAUGUCCAACACUCCCCCUGAGCAACAAACCCGGGUGGUUGCUCCAUAUAGACCUCUUCAGCUAUAUCACCAUGUAAAAAAGCAUUUUUGAUAUCCAACUGAUGAAGAGGUCAAUUGCGCAUAGCUGCCAUAGAUAAGAAAAGACGAACAUAAGUCAUCUUUGCAACUGGAGAGAAAGUGUCACCAUAGUCCAAACCAAAAAUUUGAGUAUAGCCUUUAACUACAAGACGAGCUUUCAAUCAAUCAAUUUGACCAUCCGGUCCUACCUUGAUGGCGAAUACCCACCGACAACCAACUAUAGAUUUCUCAGAAGGUGAGGGGACAAGAGUCCAAGUCUGGUUAGAUUCUAGAGCUGUCAUCUCAUCAAUCACAGCUUGACGCCAUCCUGGGUGAGAAAGUGCUUCCUGUACAGUUUUUGGAACGGACACGGAGGAAAUAGCAGACACAAAAGCAUAAUGGGAAGGAGAUAUGCGAUGAUAACUCAAACAAUUAUAAAUGGGAUAAGGGUUUUGAGUACGAGUACCUUUGCGAAGAGUUAUUGGUGGGUCUAUAGGCGGUUCAACUCGGUCCGAAGCAGGUUGAAAGAUUGGAACAUGAGAUGAAGCAUUGGUCUCUUCAAUGACGAUUUCCUCAACUUGUGUAGGACGGGGACGACACUGAUAAGUAAUUAAAGGAGGAGCUGAAGGGAUGGAAGAAUCUGGAGGGAUGGAAGACUCUGGAGGGAUAGAAGACUCUGACGUAGACUCUAGAGGGAUCAAAUUUUCCUUUGGACCAAACUCCUAAGCUCAGGCCCCAUGCAAUGUCUGUCUUUCUCAUGACAUGUGAAUCAGCAGCUCAACUGCGCAACGCUGGAACAGUCACAGUCAGAGAAUCAAAUUUGAAGAAGUUGGGUGCUACCCAUUUCAAAACUGGUGUUCAAGAUGAGCAUUUUGAGGUAACAAAGCAAGCACUUUUGGAGACAAUAGAAGAAGCAGUGCCUGAGAUGUGGUCAGCAGCUAUGAGAAAUGCUUGGGGAGAAGCUCAUUAUCAACUAGCCAAUGCCAUCAAAGCUGAAAUGAAAGACGCUCAUGAUCAGCAUUCCAAUGCCAAUUUGAUAACUGUUAACAUGGAAGAAAACAAGGGAAAUUGUUUCACAGAGGAGCAAGAAGCUCUUGUGGUGAAGUCAUGGAAUGCAAUCAAGAACAACUCUGGAGAUCUCAGUCUCAAGUUUUUCAAGAAAAUACUGGAGAUUGCUCCACCAGCUAAGCAAUUGUUCUCAUUCUUAAAAGAUUCAAAUGUUCCUUUGGAGCAAAAUCCUAAGCUCAAGCCUCAUGCCAUGUCUGUGUUUAUCAUGACAUGUGAAUCAGCAGUUCAACUGCGGAAGGCUAGUAAAGUUACUGUUAGAGAAUCAAACUUGAAGAAGUUAGGUGCCACUCAUUUCAAAACAGGUGUAAAAGAAGAGCAUUUUGAGGUAACAAAGCAAGCACUUUUGGAGACCAUAAAAGAAGCAGUACCUGAGAUGUGGUCAGCUGCUAUGGAAAAUGCAUGGGGAGAAGCUCAUGAUCAGCUGGCCAAUGCCAUCAAAGCUGAAAUGAAAAAAGAGCACUGAUAAUGAUCAAUAUUGAAGACAAAUCCAAACCCUCCUCUCCUCUUAGACUCUCUUUUUCUAUCCGAUUAUUAUGUACUAUUUUCAUCUUUAAAUAUAAGAUUUUUUAAAGAUUUUUCUUUGUCCUUUAUAAUUAUGUCCUUUCCUCAUAAUUUCAAUAAGAUUGUUUGAGUA